AUGUCUGCUCUUUCCUCUGCUCUUUCACUUGCUGUCUUUAUCCUAUUAUUAUUGGUUGCUAGUAAUGAAGGAGCAACAGGAGAAGGAGUAUGUACUGAAGGAUUCAUGGACUUGAGUCUACUAGUAGCUAAAGCAGCUACACCAGUUGGUUCACUAGCUGAUAAUACUUUAGCUGAGGACAAUGAAGGAAGAUGGCUCAUUGCCUUUGAUACAUUCAAUUUCGAUAUCAGAUCAGUAUAUGGAAAUAGGAACAAGUAUCCUAACAUUGAGGCAUGGUAUUAUGAUGGUAGUUCUACUUACCAAAAAGUACUUACUCUUCCUAUUGUACUGUCUCCUGAUAAUGUCACUACAAAUGGAUUAUAUCGUUACAUUCUUCCUACUCCUAUUAGUGUAAGUGGCAGUAAUCGUGAUAAUUACAGACUAGGAGUGUAUCAACCUGAAGAUGAUUCAAGUGUUGUUAGACUUUACAAUGCAACCACUAGCAGCACAGAAAGAGUUGGAAGGAUAAGAGCAGACUCCAUUAGCGAGUCAAAUAUCAGAGUAACUGGUUCAAAUAGAGAAGCUGAUUUUCAGAAUACAAAUAAUGUCUUUAUGCUACGUCUAAACACAAUAGAGUAUGGAGAUAUAUUAGUAAUCAAUGUAACCACUAAUAGUAAUCCAAUGUAUUAUCAACAAUACAAUGGACCAUUGAAUUAUGAGCUUGAUAGUAGUAAUGGAUUAGUACUAUUGGAACAUAAUGAAUAUCCACUGAUAUCAGUUAUAACAAAGCCAGUUCCUUCAGUGACUGAAACAUCAUCCUCUACUGUUACUGAAGACAUUAAUACUGUUACUACAAUGACAAUACUAUCAUCCUCCACCACUACAACAGAUAUUAUAAUGACACCUAAUAGCAUUCUUACAUCAACAGAUGUCAUACACUACUCUACCAGUUUACAUUACACUACUACUCUUUCCUUAUUGAGCACUACAUCAUUAUUCCCCACUAAUGCCUUGUCAACCAGUGAUACUACUACUAACACCAGUGCUCUAUUGAGCAGUACUACUGGCACUAGUGCUUCAGUGAUUAGUAGUACCAGUGCAUUCUCGUCAAGUAGCUCAAUCAAUACCAUCACUUCUUCUCACACUCUCUCUACUACUGAGUCAAUAACUAUACCAUUGUCCAGUAUUGAAAAUAGUCGUUCAACAAAAGUCAGUCGUACACAAAACACUGUAUCACGAGGCAAUCCUACCAGUGAAGUAUUAGUCACUUCAAAGAAGUCAUCAUCAAAUUCCAUUAGUGAAUCAUCUGUCACUAGAAGUAGUGACCCUACAGUAUUAGGCAAUACAGGAGAUGAUAAUACAGUUACAAUAAUAGCUGCUGUUGUUGCUACAGUAGCAUUACUGAUAAUUAGUAUCAUAGUGAUAUUGAUAUUGAUAGCAAUAGCAUACAAAAGAAGAAGCAAGGCAACAUUGACUUUUGGUGGAAAUGACACUUGUCUUGUUAAUACUUAUUCUGAUAUUACUCCAAAUGGAAAAGAAGACAAAGAAUUAAAAGGUCCAAUUGUGUAUGAAGAGGCAAUGCCAGUAAUGAAUGGAAUAGAAACAGUUUAUGGUGACACAAUGAUUGACAGUACACUGAUUAAUGUAAUUAAUCCAACUUAUGGAGCACCAGAAAAUGGUAUUGGAGCAUCUUCAGUUUAUGAAGAACCAACUGUAGCCGUUAACAAAAAACAAGAAGAUAUUGAAUUUUCUAAUGAACUGUAUGGACUAUUGGAAGAAGCAACACUAUAUGUACCCACUGCAAAAGAACGUUCUGGAGGAGAAAGUGAAAAAAUUUACUCUACACUAAUAAAUGAAUUGUAUUCCUCCACAUAUUCAAGACUUGAUCAUACUAGUGGUAAUGCAUUCUUUAUAGAAGAUACUGAGUACUGGGAACCUGAUAGUAAUACUGAUGGUAUAUACCAACAAUUAUCUGAUAGGAAAUACAUAGAAAUUAUAAGACACCAAAUAAAAGUAACAGAUUAUUUAGGAUCAGGACAGUUUUGUCAGUAG